UAAAGCCGCGCAGAGAGCGUGAAACAAAGCAGACCGAUUGGAAUUGGACUUGGGAGGAGAGACGCAGAGUCAGGCAGAAAACUUGUUGGAGGGGAGUUAAGAGCCGCUGCCUCUCCUCCAUUGCGCUGCGCUUAAGGGGUUCCCACCGGCCUUGCGAUUUAUUUUUUUAUCUGCUUUUUAUAGAGAGAAGUAUAUAUAUUUUUUUCUUCUAAAGAGAAAAUUCCUGUUCCAAGAGAAAAUAAGGCAACAUCAAUGAAGGAGAGAAGAGCCAGCCAGAAAUUAUCCAGUAAAUCUAUCAUGGAUCCUAAUCAGAACGUGAAAUGCAAGAUAGUAGUAGUGGGCGACAGCCAGUGUGGGAAAACAGCGCUGCUUCACGUCUUCGCAAAGGACUGCUUCCCCGAAAAUUACGUCCCUACGGUGUUUGAGAAUUACACGGCUAGUUUUGAAAUCGACACACAAAGAAUAGAGUUGAGCCUGUGGGACACUUCAGGUUCUCCUUACUAUGACAACGUCCGUCCCCUCUCUUACCCGGAUUCUGAUGCUGUGCUCAUUUGCUUCGACAUCAGUAGACCAGAGACCCUGGACAGUGUCUUAAAAAAGUGGAAAGGUGAAAUCCAGGAGUUCUGCCCCAAUACCAAGAUGCUUUUGGUUGGUUGUAAGUCUGAUCUGCGGACAGAUGUCAGUACAUUAGUGGAGCUCUCAAAUCACAGGCAGACCCCUGUGUCAUAUGAUCAGGGGGCAAAUAUGGCCAAGCAGAUCGGGGCAGCCACUUACAUUGAAUGCUCAGCUUUACAGUCAGAAAACAGCGUCAGAGACAUUUUUCACGUCGCCACCUUGGCGUGUGUAAAUAAGACAAAUAAAAACGUUAAGCGGAACAAAUCACAGAGGGCCACAAAGCGGAUUUCACACAUGCCUAGCAGACCAGAACUCUCAGCUGUUGCUACGGACUUGCGAAAGGACAAAGCGAAGAGCUGCACUGUGAUGUGAAGCUUCGCUGUCUUUAACGAGGACACGGGAAUCUAGUGUAAAAAAAAUAAAAAGAGAGAAUAAAAAACAAGAGCAGAAGGAAAUGAUAGAGUCAAAUGAAGUGCGCAGCCAAAGUCACAUGGACACAGGCCUGGGAGGCCCUUGAACGGAUACCCAGUUCUUGGAAUCCUGUCCUUAGGUUGGGCAUGUAGACCGAAUGGUGAGAAGUGAAUCCAUGGAAGAGUUUGGAAGUGUGACUUGAAAAAUAUGCCAAAAACAAAGGGAGCUAUAAAUGGGCUAUAGAGCUAGAGUAAGAGGAACGCCGGUCCCUCCGAGAAGAACGUCCAUGCUCUGAAUGGUGCUUGCCUAUUUUCGGUUUUGUUUUUGUGUUCUUGUUACAACCUAUUCAUGGAUCUCUACUUUGAUUUAAUUUUUCGAUAUUUUAAUCUCAUUUUCAAAAAAGUAUAUAUUAGUAUACCGUCCUCGUUGGGGAACUCGCACUGUGACCUUAGUGUUUAGUUUUCUAGGGGAUGUGAUCUAAUUUCCUCCUAGCUCAUCAUUAAAAUGGAAAUUGUAUCGGGACCCGUGGGAUUUGAGAGGGAAACUUCACGAGGCUUUGAAAUCUUGACUUCCUGAAGGUCGCUGCUGAGCGAGAUGGUUUGAAAGCGAGGCUUCUGCGGCCUUACCAGAUGCGUAGACCAGCACUGCCGAGAUUGCAUAGAUCAAAUAGAAAAGAGUGUUGUUUUAUAUUCUGUCUGAUGCUUUCGUUCAUCCUUGUGAUUGUCAUUAACAAGUGGUAAAUUGCUCAAUGUAAUACUUUGUGCGCUGUUUAGAGAAGAGAGUGUGUGGUUUUGUUUUUUCCUUUGGCCAUCGUUGAUAAAAACUCGAAGUCAAUAAAAGGUGUCUUGGUUUGAUGUGAUAGAGUGAUUUCAAAGAGAAAGCAGGUGGAUACUGUCUUCACCAGGAAAGAUAAUGGAGGGAGGAAUUAUAGCAGAGAGCACAGUUUGUGAGGGAAGUUGUCUGGAAGAAAGUCAUAUUUCAAACCCACAGAGCAAAAAGCACGGUUGUCUGUUGUGCCCCCAGACUGGCAGCAGACAGUGAGCAGUUGGCUCAUUCCUUCAAAUGAACGUUGUCCUGACAAAGGUCCCAUUUGCCCAAGCUUUAGAAAACCCCAGAUAGAAAGGGGGAAAAGCCUAUAAUGUCAGCCCUGAUAUGAACCUAGGGCAUUUCUCAUGUGACUGCUAACCCUCACUUAACCAGAUUCAGCCAGGGCCAGGUUCAAAACUUGAUCAUAGAAAGCAUUUAAAAUAGUUCACAGGUUUCACCUUUUGAGUGGUUCCUUCCAGAGAAGAUGUCAGAUAUGACCCUGUUUUAGGUGGUGCUUGCCAAAGCUAGCUUUUUUCCCCCAAUGAUGACGCUUCAUUUUUGAAGCGGUGAAACUGUGUUUCCAUUAAACUGUGGCAGGAGGGGAGAUUAAGAUAAUUACAACAGGCAGUUCUGUGUCUUACAAGCACUUUGUCUGGUCUCUGCAAGAAAAUGCCAUUUCAAUCAUUUCCCAUGGAACUCAGACAUUUUACCAUCAUAAUGUGCUUCGACUGGUGUGGCGUUAUGCUUUGGGCAGUAUUACAAAAUAGCUGGCCAGUGCUUUCUGUAUUUAAAUAUUGUACAAAGAAAAUAAGUUAUAACUGUUAUAAAGCAGAACUUUCUGUUGCUUUUUUUUUUAAUGUUGAGUCACUUUGUAUGUUUGUUUGGUCAGUGUUUCCACAGUAUUUAUUAAAUCGUAUGUGGUUUUUUUUUUUUCUUCAAAUAAAAAAGUAACCAUGUCUGUCUA